CGCGGGGAAGCGGCGCGGCCUUGCCCGGUGCACCGGGGCCGGGCCCAUGCGAGCGGCGGCGGGGGGGGGGGGCGCUGCUGCGGGCCCUGCUGCGGGCCCGGCGGGACGCGGCCUGCCGUGCCAUGGCCGCGCCGAGCCCCGCCGCCACCGCCGGGAUCAUCGUCAUCGGCGACGAGAUCCUCAAGGGCCACACGCAGGACACGAACUCGUUCUUCAUGUGCCGGCGGCUGCGGGCGCUGGGCGUGCGCGUGGCCCGCGUCUCGGUGGUGCCCGACGAGGUGGACGCCAUCGCGGGCGAGGUGGCCGCCUUCGCCGCCCGCUUCACCUUCGUGCUCACCUCGGGCGGCGUCGGCCCCACGCACGACGACGUCACCUUGGAGGCCGUGGCCAAGGCGUUCGGCGAGCGCGUGGUCCCGCACCCGGAGCUGGCGGCGCUGGUGCGCGACGUCUUCGGCCAGACGGAGGCGCGGCGCCCGGCCAUGAAGCUGGCGCGCGUCCCCGAGUCCUCGCGCCUCCACUACGGCACCGACCCGCGCACCGGCGGCGCCUUCAAGUUCCCGCUGGUCAGCGUGCGCAACGUCUACAUCUUCCCCGGCAUCCCCGCGCUGAUGGAGCGCGCCCUGGACGGCCUCGGGCACCUGUUCCGCAGCGAGCACACCCGCUUCCACUCGCGGGCCGUCUACGUGGCGGCCGACGAGGUGCUCAUCGCGCCCGCGCUGGACCAGGCCGACGCCGCCUUCCGGGGCCGCGUGAGCCUGGGCUCCUACCCGGACUGGGCCAGCAACUACUACCGCGUGAAGCUGACGCUGGACUCGGAGUCGGAGCAGCACCUGGAGGAAGCGCUCCGCUUCCUGACGGAGAAGCUGCCGCCGGGCGUAGUGGUGCCGCUGGUGACGGACCCCGUGUCGCGAGCGGCCACCGAGGUGUACGCCCUGGCGGAGUCAGGCUCGGCCCUGGGACAGAAGGUGGCAGCAGCACUGCGGACCAUCGAGGAGGCUUUGGACCGCUACAGCCUGGCCCAGCUCUGCGUCGGCUUCAACGGGGGCAAGGACUGCACGGCCCUGCUGCACCUUGUCCAUGCUGCCCUGGAGAGGCGGUACCCGGAGAGGCAGGAGAAGCUGCAGGUGCUCUACAUCCGCACCGUGUGCCCCUUCCCUGAACUGGAGCAGUUCAUCCAGGCGACCGUCCAGAGGUACAAGAUCCAGCUGUGCACCGUGGAGGGCUCCAUCCGGGAGGCCCUGGUCGCCCUGAAGGAGCAGCAGCCGCAGCUGGAGGCUGUCCUGAUGGGCACGCGGCGGACGGACCCCUACUCGCGCACCCUGACGCCCACGUGCAUGACGGACCCCGACUGGCCCCAGUACAUGCGGGUGAACCCCUUGCUGGACUGGAUGUACAGGGACAUCUGGGAGUUCCUGCGCAAGCUCUUCGUCCCCUACUGCAUCCUCUACGACAAGGGCUACACGUCCCUGGGGAGCAUGGCCAACACGACGAAGAACCCGGCGUUGCGCUACACCGACGCCCGGGGCCGCGAGAGCUACCGGCCUGCUUACGAGCUGGAAAACGAGGAGGAGGAGCGCACGUCCCGGCAGUGAGAGCCCGGGGGCUGUGCUCGGGGGAGCGGCACUGAGACCGCCGCCUGCAGGGUCUCCGGCGGGUGUCCCUGGCCCUGCUGGGGACAGCGCUGAAUAAACCUGCUGAGUGCCAGCACCGAAUAAACCUGCUGUGCUCAGCCUGUGCUCCACGUCUCAUGCGGGCUUGGCUCUGCUGCUCCCUCCAGGCCCUGCGGGGCUCCAGCGGGAGCGAGAAGCGGGCUGAGGCCGGCUCUGCCCAAACAAAAGGGUCCCCGGGCAGUGCCCCCUCCCCGUGCACGUCACCGCGGCGGCUUUUGAAGCGCAGAGAAUGGAGCAGGUUCCAGCGCUUGCCCCGGGGGCCCUCGUGGCCACGCAGCUGCCUCCCCGCCGUCACCCACCGUUCGCUGCAGAUCCCGCGGCCAUGCCUCUCCUGCGCACCGCGGCGGCACGGCUGCCGGGCGCCCCGAGGCGAGCGGUGUGUGCGGCGGCACUGCCGGCACCGAACGGCGAUUCCCUGGGGCUGCGCCUCGGCUCCUGGGUGCUGCGGGUGCUGCGGGAGUGCGCCUACCUCCUGCUGUGCAGCUGGUGCAUCCGGGAGCUGCUGGACUAGGGCACGGGACCCCCGCACCCCGGACUUUUUGUGGCUUCGUGAUGGCUCUGCCCUGCCCCCCCCCAGCCCGCAGAUGAUGGACCCCCAGCACCAGGACCUGGUCCAGCCCGUGGCCCCCCCGCCACCCAGACCCCAAUAAACCCGAGCAGUGUGUGAC